AAAUGCUGGCCUAAGUGCAUUGUCGUUGAUAGGGAUUUCUUUGAAGGCUAUAAUAUCACUUUUGAGGAACAGGCUUGUAUUUGGAAUUUUUUGAAUAUAUUUCAGGAACUUUUUCAUCAAGGUUGUGUAUGUGUGUAAAUGUUUAUACACACAUACCUGCAAAAAUAGGCCACAAAUUGGUGUUAUUGAAUUUGAUUUACCAGGGAAAGUGAAACUCCUAUGUACCUACACGUGUCCACAUGUAAAUAUGGGAACACAAUGAGCGAUUGCUUAUAAAUCAAAGAAUCAACAUAACAACGUGUCAAUAAAUAGUUAUAUUUGUAAACAAUUGCUUCAAGAGGAUUGAGCACCUCACGAAGUAGAAUAUUUGAAAACUCUUAUGGCCCGAAUGUUACGAGUAGGCCAUCCUUAUUUACCCAAAACAUUCUGAGAAAACAUUCGCUUGUUUGUUUAUAGAGCAAUACUCAUACUCAGUGUAGCAAACGAAAAUAUGUCCAAUGGUAGAAGUGCAAACAUGUGAAGCACAUUGCAAACCACAAUAAAUUUGCCUUUAUAAAAGGAUAGAGAAAAUUUACAACCUGACAGUGUACUUGCUUACUUGUUCUCGUUACUUGGCGCAUUCGUGUUUUUAAGAGGAAACAACAUUCAAAUUGUAAAUCAUGAUUUAUAACUUAUUACUGCUGAUUUCUAUGUGUUACAUUGUGGCAAAAGCUCAGGAGCAGUGGCAUUUUCGUAUGAUUUCUAAUACAACAAACAACGAUUUCAAUUUGAUACAAAUCGGCGAAGAGCUUCACAGAUAUACCUCGCAGAUACCUUAUCUCAAUGUGUUGUUACGUGCAAAGUAUUUACAAAGCGAAGCCGCCAAUCCUUACGUGCAAUGGUUUCUUCGGAGUAGUCUACUGCCGGUGAUGAUCACAGCCUAUGACACAUACCAAAUAAAUAAAACGGAGUCGUUGGAAACGCGAGAUAAGGAACGUGAGAGUUUCGUUAUUGCCACCGAUUUUCAACAAUUACAUGAUCUCGCACAUCGUCUUGUGCAUCGGGCGGGUGUGUUUUUUUUCAUCGUUUCCGAUACUCGAUUGCCGAAAAAUCGCUCCCAGUUGCGUAACGUUUUCCAUUCCUUGUGGAUUAAGUAUAGGACUUUCAACAUUUUCUUACUUACAUUUGAAGGCAUUUUUUACUACAACCCAUUCGAGUAUGAUGCUACCCGUCAAGAAUAUGGCAAAAUUAGUCGAAAUAAUAGUACCGAACCGCUGGAAAGCGUAUUGUUUCGCGAUAUGCAAGGCUAUCCUUUGCGGACACAAAUUUUUAAAUCAGUAUAUGCGCGCCCAUUUAUAAAUAAUAGUAAUCCAUCAAUAAAGGACGUUUACGGGGUGGAUGGUAGAGUGGCAGAGCUCCUACAGCAGCGAAUGAAUUUCACAAUGGUCUUACAAGAUCCAGAUCCUAACUAUUUCGGUGAACGAGCAAAAGAUGGUACAUAUAAUGGUGCAAUCGGUUCAAUUAUCGAAGAUAAGGUCGACUUAUGCUUCACGGGUUUCUUUAUCAAGGAUUAUCUAGUGUCGGAUUACAUGGACUUUACAGUAGCGGUUUAUGAUGAUAAGUUGUGUGUUUAUGUGCCAAAAGCUCAACGCAUUCCUCAAUCAAUACUGCCCCUGUUUUCGGUUGGUAUCGACGUUUGGUUGGGUUUCCUUCUCACUGCUUUCAUGUGUUGCCUUAUUUGGUGGCUCAUUCGUCGCCUAAAUCUGUGUCUGAAUAUUAGAAAAUGUACUGACACACCACUGGAUCGAAGCCAAUGGUGUCAAUUCAUCCGAAUUUAUAUCGACACAUGGGUACUUUGGGUGCGCGUCAAUAUUGUAAGAUAUCCACCAUUCAACUCGGAACGCAUCUUUAUAGCAUCAAUGUGCUUAGUGAGUGUCAUAUUUGGCGCUAUAUUCGAGUCCAGUUUGGCUACAGUAUUCAUACACCCACUAUAUUAUAACGAUAUCAACACCUUGCAGGAAUUAGACGAAAGUAAUCUACAAAUCAUAUACAAGUACUCCUCAAUGGCUGACGAUCUGUUUUUUAGUGAAACAUCCCCACUAUUUGCAAGUCUUAAUAAAAAAUUAGUGCAUCUACAGGACUGGGACGCUGACGUUAUUUUGGAUAUUGCAAACAAUGGCGGAAAAGCAAGUGUCACGCGGCAAAAUUCAAUAAUGCUCGAAUCAUUACGAUUCAUUUUGGCCAAACAAGUUUAUGUCGUGCCUGAAUGUCCGAAAUUUUACACCAUUUCCUAUGUCAUUCCAAAGGAUGCGCCCUGGGAGAAAGCCAUCAAUAAUUUGCUGCUGGCGUUUUGUUCUUCUGGACUAAUCACAAAAUGGAUUAACGAUAUGAAAACUGAAGUUGACAUCGAUAUAAUGAUAAAAGGCAUGGAUAUCGAAGGCACAAAUACUUUCAAAGUGCUCACAGUUAUCGAUUUGCAAUUAGCAUUCUAUGUGGUGUUGAUGGGCAACACACUGGCUGUUCUAUCACUUAUCGCUGAGUUUUGUCUCAACAGUUUGAGAAAACGCCGACAUCCACGGAUAAGCAAAAUGCGGAGAUGUUAUGAGUCAUCUAGGUGUACAGAGCACGCCUAGACUCUAAGGAAAUUAGAUUUAUUAAUAAGCAACGAGAGCGAUAGGGCGGAAUGGGAUCAACGAAUUCAUUCGAGCGCAAAGUGAAGCGCACAAAAGCUCUCUGAACUGACUCUAAUCUAUUGAUAUAGACAGCCCGAAACGGUCACCAAACGAAUACCACGUAUUCUAACCUGGACCGAAUCACAAUACUUUAAGAGAAUAUAAGCAUCAGAACGACGAAUUAAGGCUAACAUUGCGAUCGAUUUAGAAAGAAUAUAGAUUAUGUGGGUGAAAUUGAGCUUAGAGUUAAAAUAAACACCCAGGUCUUUUAAUUCACUAAUUGUCUUUAGCGGCGAGUUUGAGAUGUAGUAAGAUGUUGGAACAAUAUUGAAAACUUUCGCAUAAGAGGUAUAGUCACAUUUACUAAUAUUGAGAAACAAACGAUUAUGCACACACCAACGCUGGAGAGUGGCAGAAUCUUCUGGAUAUUUAAUUUCAUAAUAGAUCUUCAGAUCAUCCGCUUGUAGAAGAAAAUUACACAUAGAGAAACAGAAAGAAAUAUCGUUAAUAAGGAGAAUAGAUAGUAACGGACCUAGGACACUACCUUGGUGGGCACCAGAUGAAGCAACAAAAGAAUAAGACGAUACUUUAUCGUUUCCACGACAAUCGGUUCUACGUUACCGAAACGACCCGGAUUUAUAUCCGGUCAAGGACUGUCACUCCAGCAGCAUUCCCCGUAUGUAAGUAUGGGAAAUGUUUAUGUUGUUACAACAACAACAACAACAACAACUAUACAUUAUCGAGUCGAACGACACAGAGUCUAUAUUAAGAUAGGAAAUUAACCACUUAAGAAAUUGAGAGCGAAAGCCGAAACCGUCAAGUUUAGCUAUACAAGAAUAUUAAUUUUAAUUCAUUUUAAAAUUAGACUUAUUUGUAUAUGGCAGUGUAGUCUAAAUUGAUGUGUAUUCGUUUCAAUAGGAGUGUCAAGGCCUGUCGAAGACCUCACAGAAAUUUGCCAGAGUAUCAAACAAUCUUUAGUUAUAGGAACGACGUCAAUAUCUAUGGAAACCAUGGGUGCUGCAGUAGCUGAAUGUCCUAAUCGUUUGAAGACUUGUGUAGUCGUAAAAACAAAUGAUGACCAUUUCGAAUGAAUUUUUCUUUAGAUGAUUAAAUGAAACUAACUUAAUUAAAAAGAAGUAGAUAGUAUAAUUUCAUAUCUAUAACGGGCUUAACUUGUAACCGAACUUAUGGCAGGACUAAGUAGUUUACGUGUAUAUUCCUAUGUUUAAGUUUUAAAUCAUGUUCGAUAGUUAUUUUACGUUUCGUUGU